AUAUAUCUUUGUAAAACCACAAUAAGCUAAAAAUGGUGGAUGAAUACUGGACUGUGGCACAGUGUCACAGCUGCGUAGCUGUGGGAGUUAUUGAAAAGACGGGCUGUGAAAAAAAUAUACAUUGCAUGGUUAUAUUAGGUAUUCUCCCAAGGAGAACCCACAAAGAUACGUAAAAAUGCCUGGAAUGAUGGAUAAAGGGUCGGAGUAUCUCGGAAAGGGACGCUCUAACGGAACAAAAAGCCCUUCAAAUGCAUCGAAUGGACAUUUUUCUGAUGAGAGUGGCAGUGACGACGAGCACGAUGUCGGAAUGCGUGUGGGAUCCGAUUAUCAAGCCAAUAUACCAGAAUUUGAUCCUGGUUCUACCAAGUACAGUGAUAAAGAUAGUGGGGGAAUGUUGGUGUGGUCUCCAUAUCACACCAUUGUCGACCCAAAAUUGGAUGAAUAUAUUGCCAUUGCAAAAGAGAAGCAUGGGUAUAAUGUUGAGCAGGCAUUGGGCAUGCUGUUCUGGCACAAACACAACAUUGAGAAGUCCCUGGCAGACCUGCCCAACUUCACCCCCUUCCCCGACGAGUGGACCGUGGAGGAUAAAGUGCUGUUCGAACAAGCCUUCAGCUUCCACGGAAAAAGCUUCCACAGGAUUCAACAAAUGUUACCAGACAAAUCCAUAUCCAGCCUUGUGAAGUAUUACUACUCCUGGAAGAAGACCCGGUCCAGAACCAGCCUGAUGGACCGCCAGGCCAGAAAGCUAGCAAACCGAAACGCCCAAGAUGACAGUGAAGAAGAAAUGGAGGCCAACCCCGUCGAAGCAAACGAUAGCGAUUACGACCCCACCAAGGAGACGAAAAAAGAGAGCCACACGGAGCCCCAGCCCCUGAGCUCCUCCAAGAUUGGGCUCGGCCGACGGGAGCACCUGACGCUCAUGCACCGGCACCACUCGCAGCGCUCCAAGUGCCGGCCGCCCAAGGGCAUGUACCUGACCCAGGAGGAUGUGGUGGCAGUGUCGUGCAGCUCCAGCGCUGCCAACACCGUCCUUCGGCAGCUGGAUAUGGAGCUGGUGGGCCUCAAAAGACAGGUUCAAAAUGCAAAGCAACUGAACAGUGGUCUGAAACACAGGAUGGAAGCGGGCAUUGAUGACUUCAGGCUGCCAGAGUGCAACCAAAAAGUUAAUGCCCGCUGGACAACAGAUGAACAGCUUCUGGCAGUUCAAGGUGUCCGGAAGUACGGGAAAGACUUCCAGGCCAUUGCCGACGUUAUCGGUAAUAAGACGGUAGGGCAGGUAAAGAACUUCUUUGUGAACUACCGCCGCCGGUUUAACCUGGAGGAGGUGCUGCAGGAGUGGGAGGCGGAGCAGGGAACUGGCACCCCCAACGGUGACACUGCCACCUCUGGCGAGGAGGGGAAGAACAGCUCCAACACCCCUUCUGGGAAGAGUACGGACGAAGAGGAGGAGGAGGGCCAGGUGACCCUCUCGUCAGGCCCUUCUCCCGCUGCCACUUCCUCUGCAACUUUCCAGACCCUGGUGACGUCGUCGGCAACCUCGCUCAACCAGCCGCCCCCGCUCCUACGGCCAUCCCUGCCGGCCACUCCAGCCCUCCACAGGCAGCCGCCCCCUCUCCAGCAGCAGGCCCGCUUCCUCCAACCCCGGCCCGUGCUCAACCAGCCCCCCCCACUCAUCCGGCCCUCCAACCCCCCGCCCCCGCGCCUCAAUCCCCGGCCGCUUGUCCCCACCUCCACAGGGUGCCCAGGCCCCAGCCAGCCGCCCCCCACCCUGGUGGGCAUCCCAUCGGAGACGCCGUCCUCCUCCACGCUGCACUGAGUGUGUGCAAUGGCGAAGCAAGAAAACUGAAAAGUCUUGGUGGUUUUUUUUUUACUUGGUCGUUUGUUUGCUUGUAUUUUUCUUGACAAUGAUCUGUUGUUUUCCUGAAGGUCGUCAAUUGUUGGUUGUUAUGAGGAAAUUAUGUAUAUUAAUGAGAAAAGUAAAACCGUUGAAGUUUUUAAAGUAUAUGUAUAUUAGGUUAGGUCUUAGUUUUUUUAUUUAUUUGAAAUCACUUUUUUUAUUCACUCAUCUUUAAUAGACUUGCUUAGAUGUUAUGUGUUAGUGAUGUUAAAGAUUUACUAGAAGCAUUGGUCCUUUUUGAAAGUGUUCUUGGCUUCUGGUUAAUGUAUAUUUUACAAACUGGCAAAAUUUGCAAGUAGUAUAUAAACAAAAGGUAUAUUGAAGACACUAUGAUGGACAAUACACACAACUAGUGAAAAGGUGGCAUUGCCGUAUUUCUGUUGGAUUCUUUGAUUUGCCGUAACGCAUAUUUGUUCUUUGAGCGAAUAUAGACGUUAAACUUUUAUAUAAGCAUUAUUUAUUUUUCUACUCGGUGCUAUGGACUUGACUGAUUUUUGCCUAUGUCCAGUAUAAUAAUAACCAUUGUGUAAGUGCUCUUACACAUCUAGGACAACUGUAUUUACGUGAUUGAAUUGAUCUAAACUGGAAGAAACCGAUCGAAAAAAAUGAUGAAAUUAACUUGUUUCAUGUAAUAUUAAGCUACGAGGAUGUCACUGUCAGUGAAUUGAUUGUUGUAGUCAGUGAGCCACAUUUUCAGGAAUUUGUUUCAAUGAUUUUUAUUUAAGAUAUAUUGAAGAACAAAAUGUUUGACUUCUGUACAGUUGUGUAAUUUGUUUGCUUCAUUUUAAACCGUGAUGAUCAUAACUAAAACAAAAUCAAAAAGCGUGGUUUUAACGGUCGCCAGUCAGUAAUUCCCAGUGUAAGCUGUGGCAUAGUCCCUAACAUAUCCAUUCAAAUAUUUCUAACAUGUUGUUUUAUGUUGUCUGUCCAGCUAUGAUCAAUAGUUUUUUACCAAGUUUUGGGAAUGAAUUAGUGCCACUUCAUGUUCGAGGUUGAAAGAUUCCGUAAAAUGUUAUAUGUUCUCCAGAAAUCCUGGUUGGAAGAUAUCUGGAACGUUUCUCAAAUUCUGCCUAAUCACUGUUAAGGAAUGGAGGAAGAAAUAGGCUAAUUCACUACUGUACAUGGUGACAAGCUUUAACAUGUUGAAAUGCGAACUUAAAUGACCUUUGAACCACUAAUACACUGAGUCAUUAAUCCUUUCCUGUGGAAAUAAUGUGGCCAGAAGUACGUAUAAUCAUGGACAUUGAGGACUUGCAUUUUGCCUUAAAAAUAUAUGACAUUGUGUUUACUAUGCUAUUCGCUUGCCAUUAUUUCGGUCUCUCGUUGCACUUGCAUUUCAAUCAAGUGUCUUUCAAACAUUUUUCAAUUCCAUGUCUACUGUAGUACAUUUAUUUGGUUUGUCUUUGUCCUAUGUUGUCAUAGUAAAUUAUUACGUUUCCCUGCCUGCUUAUAUUGAAAUGAAUAUUGCCCCAAAAAUAUAGCAUACUAGUGCAAUCCCAAAUAUACAACUAGAAAUGUAGCAUUGAAAUUAAAAAAAACACAUUUGGAAUUGUUGCAUAGUUUACCUUUAAUUGAUUUGUCUACUUUAGCCCAAAUCAUUUUAUCAGCAUCCAGCAUUGUUUCUGCUAUUUGAUAUGCCUAAUUGACAAUUUAAUGGUUUCCCAAAAUCAUCACGCCUCAAUGUAACUGCUGUGGAAUAAUUCUAAACAAAUGCAAUUAAGUAGUAUAGUUAAAUAGCAUAGGCUUAUGUAAAUAAUACCUCCACACUGGGCAGACAUCAGUUGGUCUAGUUUUGGUUACCAUGCCAUUGGAUUUAGGUUAAAGGUUGGGUGAAAAAAAAAUGAUGCCCUUAAAUUUACUUUUUGCAAAUACAGUCAGUUUCACGUUGAUUCAUCAGUUUUAUAAAUGGUUAAAAUUACGUGGAAACAACGUUGAUUCAACCAGUUUUGCCAUGCAUGUAAAAACAUCAGCUGUGCUUCUUGGUGGUAUUGACUUACUAGGCCUAGGGCCUACAUGAUUCUGUUGUAAUGUAUUUGUUAUAUUAAAAAGCAGUAUC